AUGUCAAAACAUUCUCGAAAUACCUUAUUUAAGUAUUUUACAUCAAACCACCCAUCUCAAGAAGAAACAAAUCAAGACGUAGAAGUUGAAAGUGAAGAUGUGAAUGUCCAGAGUAGAGCACUACCGAUAUCUAAACAACCCUCCAAGUACAAACGUAUUGAUUUGAGCUCUUUGCCGUCUGAUCCUGGCUUAAGGAGAAAAAUUACUGAUUAUCAUCCAGAUGAUCAAAUAGAAAUUCGAAAACAUUAUGUUCUAGAGGAACCUUUUCAACCUCGUCAACAUAAUUUUCGUCAAACAUUAAUUGGAGGAUUGAAACGUCGUUUCAAUCCAGAUUGGUAUGAUACUUAUGGCGAUUGGUUGAAAUAUAGUAUUUUGAAAGAUGAUGUAUUUUGUCGAUAUUGUUAUUUGUUCAAAUCUGAUAUAUCCCAAAAGGGGGGAGGUGAUGCUUUUGUUACUAUUGGAUGGUCAUCUUGGAACAAAAGUGACAGAUUAGGUAUACAUGUUGGUGAGACAGGAAGCUAUCAUAAUCAAGCUUACAUUAUGUUUGAGGCUCUAAAAAUCAAAGAGACAUCUAUUAAAGAUGUUCUCCAUGAAUAUACUGAGCAGGAAAAAGAGGAUUAUCGAGGUCUCUUAGAAGCUACAGUUGAAUGUAUAAGAUGGCUUUUGCAAAUGGGCUUAGCCUUUAGAGGGCAUAAUGAGUCAAAAGAUUCGAAAAGUCGGGGUAAUUUUAUUGAACUUUUGAUGUUUCUAGCAAACAACAAUGAAGACAAUGAUAAAGUUGUUCUUGAUAAUGCUCCGAAAAAUUUACAAUUGACAUGUCCUGUAGAUGAAUCACGUGAUAUAUCGAUUAAGGAGAAGAUGACUAUUGUUUUGAGAUAUGUAGAUAAAAGAGGUAUUGUGAUAGAGUGGUUUCUAGGGAUUACACACGUCCCAGACACCACUGCUUUGACGUUGAAGGCGGCUAUUGAUUUUCUAUUAUCACAAAAUGGCUUAAGUGUAUCAAGAAUUCGUGAGCAAGCUUCUUGUAAGCGUCGUGAUAUUCUUCGUGCCAAAAGAGCAGAUGAAGUAAAAGAUGGCAUUUGUAUUGGUGCUUUUCAAAGUGGUAGGGGUUUGCAUCAAGAAACAAGCCUCCAAAGGCCCGCUGACACACGGUGGAGUUCUCAAUAUAGAACUCUUUUAAAUUUGCUAGUGAUGUUGAAUUUAUUAGUAGAUACCCUUGAGUAUAUUGAUGAGGAAGGCAUAGAAGUAGACCACAGAGGUGAAGCACGUAUUAUGAAGAAAUUGGUUGAAACAUUUGACUUUGUUUUUCCUUUGCAUUUGAUGCUCUCAUUAUUAGGAAUCACAAAUGAUUUGUCAUUGGCAUUACAACGGAAGGAUGAAGAUAUUGUCAAUGCUAUGGAUCUAGUUCACACAACUAGACAACGACUACAAGUAAUAAGAGAUGAAGGUUGGGAAUCUAUGAUAAAUGGUGUUUCUUCAUUUUGUGAAGCACGUGAUAUUUCUGUUCUCAAUAUGGAUGAUUUGUUUGUUUUGGAAGGCAGGUCAAAGCGUAAGGCACCAAAGAUCACAUUUUUCCAUCGUUACCGUGCCGAAAUAUUUUUUGCAACCAUUGAUUUCCUUCUCCAAGAAAUAAACAGUAGGUUCAAUGAAGGGACUACAUAA